AUGAGUCAUAAAAGGAAGAAACGCGGCGAAGAUGAUUAUGAAUACGAUCCAGCUCCUAAGCAUCUGCAGGUGGGACACAUCAGAAAUCAAGAAAAGCGCCUCAUCGUUAUACUGGAGAAUGCUCAAUUGGAAUCUGUGAAGAAUGGGAGCGCUUUCGAGCUAUUGAACUGUGACGACCAUGUAGGCAUCCUGAAAAAGAAUAAUCGUUUUCCCGGUACCUGCAGGCCAGAUAUCACUCACCAAUGUUUGUUAAUGUUAAUGGACAGUCCACUAAACAGAGCUGGCUUGCUGCAAGUCUACGUUCACACAAACCAGAAUGUUCUGAUCGAGAUUAACCCACAGACCAGGAUACCGAGGACAUUUAAACGCUUCGCUGGAUUGAUGGUGCAAUUGUUACACAAGUACAAUAUUAGGGCGUCCGAUGGACCGAUGAAGCUUCUCAAAGUGAUCAAGAAUCCCAUAUCGGAUCACUUGCCAGUCGGCUGCCGUAAGAUUCUGAUGUCAUUUAAUGCGAAUAAAGUGCAGAACCCCAAAGAGCUCGUUCCUGCUGAAGAACCGAUCGCGAUCGUAGUUGGAGCAAUGGCACAUGGCCAGGUCAAAGUGAAUUACACGGAAGAUACGAUCUCGAUCAGCAACUAUCCUCUUUCCGGUGCCAUCACGUGCAGCAAGUUGUGCACGGCAUUCGAGGAAGUUUGGGAAAUAGUUUAAUCAAAUUAUACAAUAUUAAAAUUAGAUUUUACUAUAUUUUGUGUAUAUAAUUUUAUUUCAACCACACUCCAUCGAUUUUGCAGAGAGCAAACUGUUACACGUUAAUUCAAAAACGAAUAAAGAUGUAUUUAAGUAUAAACUAAAUAAUACUCAGCCAGACUAAAUAACCAAACAGCAAACUUUUAUUCAACCACUUCUGGCAGUUUAUUGAUGUUAACAAUGCACAACGUGCAGAAGUGGUCGAAUAAAAGAUAUAUUUGUCUAGGAGCUUUUAUUUGUGAAAGCUUCAAAGAAAGUAAAGAAUGCAAGGAAUUUAAAGAAUUUUGAAGCAGUCGGAAUUUCGUACGUUACGUCUUUUAUGUAUUCUACUCCAAAGAACAAAUUUUCCAAGCAAGCGUAAAAAUUUAUUGCCCACUUGCCGAUCCCUGCUCUAUGCAAUUCCACUGUAAAAGAGAAAUUGAACGUAUUGUCGUACUCGUAAAUUUCAAAUCACAACGCGAGGCAUGCGGAACGAGUCUGCUUAGUCAUCUUUAUCUUGAUCCCCAGAAAAAUUCUCGGAAGCGGCUUUUGAAAAUUUUGUCAUCGCUUUCUCUCUCUUUGAAAAAGAGGGAGCAAGAUACCCGAGGCCCCAAAAUUCCUCAGGUACGUGAAGCGAUAAGCCUACCGUUAUCGUUCGUUAGUACACGUGUCGUAAAAGCUGCGACCGUCGUGCUAGGGAGACCGAACAAUUGGGCCGCAUCGGGACCGUGUCGCGGGCAAGCACCAAUCGUUGCGAACCAUUCGAAACGAGAAAAGUCGAGACUACCUACAACCUACGACUGGAAAGGGAAACCGAGGAAACCGACUGGAAAAAACGCACAGUUCUCGCUGCACCGUCGUGCACAGUACAUCGCCCACGCGUAUGCGUUCUUUUUUACUUCUCGUGCUCGCGUGAGUCAGUCAACAGGGAACGGCUCAACGCGCGUUUACAGUGCGGUUCCGUCGGAGUCUCGAUACGUCGAUGUAACGAGUUAAAAAUCGACGGUUCCGAGCUACGUCCGCCGCUUCGCAUGGCACCACGACGUGUUCGUUCACGCUCGCGGUGAGUCGUCGUCACUGGUGCGGAUUGUGGACAAUCGACGACACUCGUCCGGACUUUGCACGGAGGUCGGCCAUCUUGUGCGUCCGCGGUGCAGCCGCGCAGUAGGCGGCACGAUGCAUCAUCGGCGGGUGAUCAGUGAUUCCGCUCGAAGAAUUGGCAGUUGAGAACGUUAGUUCCUUACAAAAUUACCUUAUUUCUCGUGAGCAUGCGACAGAGACGCUGCGAGCGAUUCACGUGCGAGUGCCCGACUUGACUCGCGUAGUGCGGCGUGCGCCACGAGUAUACCACGAGGAUGCCUGCCGCUGCCAAUCGACGAUUCGCGCGUAUCGCGGCCAAGAGUGACGGGUAGAGAGAGCUCGCAGUAGCGCGAAUUUUCACGUUCGCGGGCGACGCGCCUCGCGCGCUCGCCACGUGCUCGCGGCGACGACGCGCGCCUCACGAGGGCGAAGGUCGGGCGCCCGCGCGCGUCGCCAUGUUGGGGACGACGUUGAACGGAAACCGGACUCGGACUCGGUGACGACGUGCACGUCACGGCGACGACUCGAGGGCGGCCACGCGGUGACGCGUGUGCCCGCCACGUGCCGCCGGUUGCCGGAAUCGUCGCUCGCGAGGCGCCCGCCGAUCGGCACUCGCGAGGCGCAAUUAUGGAUUUUGCGCCGCACGCUUUCCCAUGAUGCGUCGCGUGGCAACGGCAGGAACGCGCGGAAUCGAACCGUUACGCGAGCGACGAGCGGCCGCUGCCGAGACCCGGAGGCUCGCGGAGGUUACCGCCGAGCGUUCCUGGCGCGACGGGCCACCUCGUCGCGUCACGACGAACAAUUUAUCGUUAUCACGUACUGUCCAACGAUAUGGCAUGGUGUAUAAUCGAUCUCUCCGCAUGCAAGAGUGCAUUAUGGGUGAUAUCAGGGAAUGGCGGAACGUAACUGUUAAUUUUUGGAUUGGUUAAUCAACAGUAGGUAUAAGCCGAAUAAAGAUUUAUCAACUGUAGUAUGUAUAUAUCGCAUCUGUUAUGUAUAUUACAAGUAUCGAAAUGA